UCUCCUUUUACUUAUUGCCCACCAUCUCUCUCUCUCCCCCACACUUGCACAUAGUUAUUUAUGGUAUAAUUUCUGCACUUUUUUUCUUCUGUCUCUGCCUACUUCUCCGAGGUCAUGUGGCUUACUUUAGCAGCUAACAAGAUCCUAGAGGACAGAGUCAACGAUCAAGACUCACCAGCUGAUUCUGAAACUUCUGUUGAAAUUCAAAAUUUCACAUUAUUUGUUAGCUCAUGGAAUGUUGGUGGCAUUACACCACCUGUCGACUUAAACAUGGAAGACUUGCUCCACACUCAAAGCAAUUUGGCUGACAUCUACGUUCUCGGGUUUCAAGAAAUUGUACCUCUGAAUGCUGGAAACAUAAUAGUGACAGAGAAUUCAAGCAUAUCCAUGCAAUGGAAUUCUCUUAUUAGAGCAGCUCUCAACAAGACUGAUAUUGGUCAUCAGAAAGCAGAGGUGGGAGAAAGUCAAAAGGUUUACCCACUAAAGAGAGAGAAUAAUUCACCACAUUUUGAAUGCAUAAUUAGCAAACAAAUGGUAGGAAUUUUUAUUACCAUAUGGGCAAGGAUUCCCCUGCUUCCUUAUAUCAGACACACAAGUGUCUCCUCUGUAGGCUGUGGUAUCUUUGGCUGCCUUGGCAACAAGGGUUCAGUUUCGAUUAGAUUUUGCUUGCACGAAACAAGCUUCUGCUUUGUGUGUUGUCAUUUGGCUUCUGGUGGAAAAGAAGGGGACAAGAGAGAGCGAAAUUCAAAUGCCUCCCAAAUACAAUCACGCACUAGAUUUCCUUCCGAUCCAUUUCACCGUUUGCCCAGCAAAAUUUUACGACACGACAGGGUGAUUUGGCUUGGCGACCUGAAUUACAGGAUUUACUUACCAGAACCCACGACUAGAUCUUUGGUCAAUGAUCGCCAAUGGAGCACACUAUUACAAAACGAUCAGCUUAAGGCUGAACUAAGAGAAGGCUGUACCUUUGAGGGAUGGAAUGAGGAAGAAAUCGAGUUUCCACCGACAUAUAAAUAUAACUUAGAUUCUGAUGAUUAUUAUGGCUGCAAUGAUCAGAAUGGAAAAAGGGCAAAGAGCCGAACCCCAGCUUGGUGUGAUAGGAUUAUAUGGUUUGGGAAAGGACUGAAGCAAAGGCAGUAUAAUAGAAGUGAGUGUAAACUAUCCGACCACAGACCAGUAAGAGCAAUUUUCACAGUAGAGGUCAAGGUUCAAUGUCAAUCUACAGAGGCUUCAGAAAAUUUUGCCAAAAUAUUUCAUAACUUGUGAAAAAAUUUGAAAUCAUGGCAAUUGUGAUUGAUCAUGGUUAAAGCUUGAAGCAGUUUUCAAACACAAACAAUAGGCUAAUUUUCUGGUGCUGAAAAGACGAGCUAAAUUUUCGAACACCAACAUAACUUUUGUGUGCACGGCAACGAAAUGAUGAAUUUUUUGGGCAAA